CCGCGAGAUCAAGUCCAAUGACUUCAAGGCUUCCCCGGACCCCGGCUUCUGGGGGAGUUCGGGGGGCCAGUCAAUUGCGGGUGAUAAUCGCCUAGGCGCACGCGCUGAACCUUCUCGGACGUUAUGCUCAUCACGGUAUCUUGGCCGGUCGCCAGCUGGGGGAAAGGAGAACCCCGCAUUUUUAAUCUAUUUGUUCCCUUGGAGAGUUUAUAAAGUUUCAAAACAUCAACGACCAGAAGACAACGGACGGCCUAGCACCUGCUAUCCCUCAGCGAUGAAUUCAAACCCUAAGAAACGCCUGCGGACGGAGGCUCAGCUCGCCCGCAAACGCCAUGCGGACAAAGUGAACCACAAGGCAAAACGAGACCGGACGAAGUCCCAGAUGGACAAACUCGAGGCGGAAAUGGUGCAGCUACGCCAACGGAUGAAGGAGAUUUCUGAUCGGUUGACUGCUCUGCAUGCCGAUGUGCUGAGAGGUCAGAAUGCCUAUACGCCUCCGACGGUGAAAGACCAGGCGUCUCCAGCUCCCACCAUCCCUUUGACGCCCGACCCUUGUUCCGGACAGGCCUCUCACUCCCCCUUCUCUCCUCCCCAGGCGCAUAAUAGCCUGGCUGGGCUUCCAGAUCUCAGUCCCGGUUACAGUUUCGAGAGCCUGUCCGCUCACUUCCAGCGAUAUUCCCCUUCUGCUACGCCGGCCAUUGCUUCUGCCAGCCUCAGUAUCAACCACGAUGCUCCUGCUUCUGCUGCUACCGCUACCGCAGCAACGCCCUUUGCACCACCAACCCCACAGCAAGCCCAAUCUCCUCCACAUUCCAGCAUACCCAGUCGUGCCACUGACGAUGAUAAUGGAAUCGAGUCACUCCUGGAUAUCUUAUUUGAGCAUCAGAAUCGGAUUCUCGUCGACUGUCGCUGUGGUGUGGAGCACAAGUCUCCCACCGAGUGUCUCGAAUAUUCAACCUUCUUGAUUCUCCUGCGGACGCACGAGAAACUCUCCCGGAGUAUCUAUAACACCCCACCACGUCUGCCUCGGAACCCGUCCCUGCUUAGUCUGUUUCGGCAUUCCUGUAGCAAUAACCCGAUCAUCCAUAUACUGGGAUCGAUUUUCAACCGGAUACACCCGGUGAAUGUGUAUACCCUAUUUGGGAUCUUUCUAGGCAUGUAUCGGUUUUUGCGGUGGCGUCUCUACCCUCAUAGCGAAUCCCGUGGUGAUAUCCCUCCCUGGCUGCGUCCUACCGAAAUUCAGAAAUCUAUCCCGCACCCGGUCUCCAUCGACUUUCUCCCCUGGCCAGGUCUCCGUGAUUACCUCACCACCCACCAAAACGAAGAUGGAAGACACUCAGUCGAUCUGUACAUCCGCUCUGUACGAUUCCGGUGGCCUGAACAUAAGGCAUUUUACAGAACCACGUCGCGCGGCGACAUCGCCCUUAACGAAGAGUUCGUGACCGAAUUGAACAAAUACGAGAAUUGGAUGCUCAGUGCUGAAUGGGCUCGGAUGUUCCCGCAUUUGGCGCAGUAUGUGAAUGUAGAGGAGGGACCCGCGAGCACCAGCCGCGAUUCAAGCAUGCAGACUGAAGGCUAGACGCGGGAGAUAAAUGGGGUUUCAUUGCAUAUUUUGGGCGACCGGCUGGAUUUUUGGUAUUUUAUAUCCUUCAGAGGGCGUUCUCUUGACUGUUUGAAUGCUGGGAGAAAUUCUUGUUCAGCAUGCAAGGGGGUGUGUCGGUCACCUACAGUGAUUACUUUUCCGGGAUCGUCUAGCGAAUAUGCAGGGACGUUCUCAUUCUACUUUUGCGUGGUACUGGGGCCUUUUUCCUGCCUCUGGGCUCUGGAUCGAGCAUGCCACCGUUCUUUCUUUUGUAGCGUAUGACAGAACAGGGGAAAUUUGUGGUCUAUUCGCCAUUUAUGUCUGGCAUUCCCACACUUGAUAAACCACGCUUACUGUUUCCUG